AUGUGUGGGGGAGGGGGGACCUUCGCCCGCCUCGUUUGUGCUCCCGCAGGCGGCGGCGCGCGGGCGCGGGCCCUCCCCAAGGUCGUGGACACGGGAGGGGGAUUCUUCCUGGAGGAGGAGGAGAGUGAGCAGAAGGAAGAGCGCGGCGCCGGCGAGAAGAUCGUGCACCCACCCGCACCCGUACUAGAAUUUGACUAUCUCAUCUGUGGAGACUGUGGCAAGGAAUUCAUGGACUCCUACCUUAUGCAGCACUUUGAUUGGGCAACAUGUGAUAAUUGCAGAGAUGUUGAAGAUAAACAUAAGCUUAUAACAAGGACAGAAGCAAAAGAAGAGUAUCUCCUUAAAGACUGUGACUUAGACAAGAGGGAACCAGUGCUCAGAUUCAUUGUGAAGAAAAACCCUCAUAAUUCACGAUGGGGUGAAAUGAARCUUUAUUUAAAACUACAGGUAAUCAAGCGUUCACUUGAAGUCUGGGGUAGCGAAGAAGCAUUACAAGAGGCAAAGGAGCUCCGCCGCGAUAGCAGAGAGAAAAUGAAACAGAAGAAGUUUGAUAAGAAAGUUAAAGAACUCCGCCGUGCUGUGAGGAGUAGUCUGUGGAAGAAAGAAGCAAGUAUCCACGAACAUGAAUAUGGACCAGAAGAAAACAUUGAUGAAGAUACAUACAAAAAGACAUGCACUGUAUGUGGUCAUGAAUUAACUUACGAGAAGAUGUAGUGUUAAUCUCUUUUUUUUGUUUGUACUUUGUUUUUAAUGGUAUUUUGUAUUAAAGUCAAAUAAAUGCUAAUUAUGAACAAGCUGUUGCCAGAGUCUAU